AUUCUCAACUUGCAUUUGGUUUUGAACGCUUUCUUCUCAUAUAUUCUCAACUUGCAGAAGUUGACUCCUUUCAUAGUGAAUUAUCUGUUUCUCAUCAUCAUUUCAUCUACUCUUCUUGUGAUCAACAAUGAAUCACAAGGCAAAGAAGUCUCUAAAGGGAAAUAUGCAAUAGACUUCCUAUGUACCGCAGCGGCUUCUGCUGGCAAUGGACUGUUUCUAUCUCUCAUGCAGCUCAUACUCCGCAAAGUUCUAAAGAAGAAUACAUUAUGCGUUUUCAUAUACAUGGUUUUUCUAUCAGUCUCUGCUAUUAUUUGGCAUGUCUACUUAACUGCUAUUGUGGGAUUGAUCCCAUGGUCAUCUUCUUUAUUCUCCAAUUAUAUAACAACCGUGGGACAACCUAUUGUUCCGAUACUAUAG